UCUACCAUUAUAAUUGGAACAGUAAUCAUAAUUGAAACUCUUUAUACCAUAGAUUAUUAAGAGUAAAAUUAAUAAAAAACAAAAAUGAUUUAUACAAAGAGGUUGGAUAUUGGGGGGUAGGGUACCAUCCCUGGUAGGGGUAAGUUAGGGCGUAGCGGUCAGCUGAGCGAUAAUGGGGUAUAUAGGUCCAAACGGGGCGUCGGUACCGGCUGCCGUGUCUGCUGCCGGACCAGGGCUGUUCCGGGCGGAGUUCGUACCGAGAGCCGUCGGGGAACACCGCCUUAAUGUGCUGGUUGACUCACAACCGAUACCAGCCAGUCCAUUCCAUUUGAAGGUCUACGAUGUAACCGCCAUAAGAGUUAAGGACGUUGCACACGGUACGGUUGGAAAACCUGUUACUUUUUUGGUGGAAACAAUGGCAGCCGGUCCCGGUAACCUGGAGGUGACAGUGAACGGUGGUAGAGUCCCGACAGCGGCAGCGGCACAGGGCGCACACACAUACGCAAUCAGCUUUACGCCGCGAGACCCCAGACCCCACACGGUGGAGCUGAGAUUCAAUGGAGACCAUGUACCCGGUAGUCCAUUCGUCUGCCACGUGUCAGCGCCGGCUCGAGUGAUUGGUGCAGGAUCGGGGGAAUCCCCUGAUAAGGUGUCAGUGGGUGAUCCGUAUACGUUCAGUGUUGAUUCACCCACACCACCCCAUGUUGAAGUGUUGGGACCGGCGAGGAGGCCUGUACCAGCACAGGUUUCUGACGAGACAGUGGGAGAAACUGAGGCUAGCAAACGAUAUUCUGUGUCGUUCAUUCCGGUAGAUGUUGGUGAUCAUAGCAUAGAGGUUCGUGGCGGUGCUAUGGGCGGCCAUGUGGAAGGCAGUCCAUUCCUCGUGAAGGCAUACAGCGCUGCCAGGGUGUCUGUCACGGAUAUCUCACCCGGUCUUGUCGGGAGACCCGUCGCGUUCACUAUCAAUGCUUCUCAUGCUGGUGCUGGAAACUUAGAAAUCAUCGUUGCGGUUAAUGGCAGGAAUGUACCAAACUACGUGCAAAGUGAGGGCAACGCGAGAUUUAAGGUGAACUUCAAACCAACGGAAGCAGCGCCUCACACGCUGUCCGUAAGAUUCAACGGACACGCGGUACCAGGGUCUCCGUUCACCUGCAUGGUGUCAGCACCGGCUGCUGCUCCUGACGCAAGAGCAACAGGCCCCGGAUUAUCAUCGGCCCCCAGGGGCGAAGCUGCCGAGAUACAACUGACCGGCUUUCAUUCUUGUGAGCCGACAGUGUCUGUAACGGGACCGGGCGGUUCUAACAUACGCUCCAAAUUAAAUCCGCUAGGCGAUGGUUGGUACACGUGCACUUACACGCCCGACGCGGUUGGCAGACACAGCGUGCACGUUCAAUGUGCGGGCAGGCACGUGCCUGGCUCACCGUUCGUCUGUAACGUAUAUGAUGUAAAGCGGGUUCGCGUUACAGGACUGGGACCCGGAGAGUUGGAGGGAACGCUAGAUGGACUGAACUUGGAGGAAGGUGAUGAGGAGCGAGGGGUGGAGGUUGGCAAGCCGGUCACGUUCAGCGUGGACGCGGCGGGAGCGGGCGAGGGAACCCUGGAGCUGGUCGUGUCCACGCCCUCCACCACUGUCAAGGCUGAGGUAGUAGCAGUCGCACGCGGUCUGUACGACGUGACGUUUGUGCCCGUGUCACGCGAACCGCACCGCGUGUCAGUCACGUUCAACGAACAAGCCGUGCCCGGCAGCCCGUUUGUGUGCAGAGUCAACGAGCCUCAUACCUAUGUGCAGAUUGGAACCACAGCUGUAAUAGAAAUAGAUGAAAACCUCUCCGACGUGGAGGUACUGUCCCCAACUGGGACAAAAUUGUCAGAAGCGAGCCUCGAAGAUGCUGGAUUGAUAACCUUCCCUGUGUCCCGAGUCGGGAGGUACGUCGUGAGGAGUGGCAGAAGCUCUGUAGCUGAGGUGGAAGCCCUGGACCCGUCGGCUGUCAAAGUGCUGUCGAUUGGAGAGGCUGUGGCCCAUAGACCGGCUGUUAUAACAGUUAGCACAAGCGGAGCGGGUAGCGGGCGCCUGUCCGCACGCGUGAGCGGGGGCGGUCGCACCGUGCCGCACUCGGUCCGGCGGCGGGGCGGAGGCCGGACGGACCUCGUGUGGCAUCCAUCUAGGGCUGCCCCGCACAGGAUAACACUGUUGUGGAGCGGGACACCCCUGUCCAGAGAACCACUGAUAGUUGACGUGUUGCCAGCACACCACGGACAAGAGGCGUCAGCGUCAGGAAUUGGUCUAUACCAAGCUCAAGUAAGCCGCGUGUCAUCGUUCAGCAUCGACACUCUCGGUCGGGCGGCACGCGAAUUCGAUGUCGUAGUCUCCGGCCCGGGCUCGCGUGCUCUGCCGGUCCGCUGCUAUCAAACCAAGUCAGGGCUGCUACAAGCAGAGUACACCAUCACCGACGUGGGACAGAGCACUAUUGAGGUUCUUCAUCUAUCAAAACCAAUCACAGGCAGCCCAUACACCUGUGAGUCGUUCGAUCCCAACAGAGUGAUAUUGGCAGGUCUACCUACGGGAAAUUUAAUAGCACACACGCCAAUUAGCUUUACUGUGGACACAAAAGACGCCGGCGUAGGAGAACUGGAUGUGAUAUGUGAAGCGAUGGGUGAGAAAAGAGUACGUCUACCAGUCGACAUCCGCGAAGAUGGCCACAUUUACAAAGUGCGGCUGAGGCCCAUCAUGCCGGCGCAUUAUCGGAUCUACGUCACAUAUGGAGGAGCUAGCGUCCCGGGUAGUCCAAUAUCGCUCGGGGUACUGAGCUCUCGCGCCAGUAUAGCGGCGCGCUGUGCGGGCACGGGUCUUGCGCAUGCGCACGUUGGCAAGGAGGCGGCCUUCACCAUACACUGCGUCGACGACACCCCGCCUACGGUGCAGGUAGAACGACUUACCCGGACCAAGGAAGACGACGCAGAGAGUGGUCUGCUGGAGUGCCGCGUGGUAGAGGGCUCGGCGAGGGAGUGGCUCUGCUCCUACAUACCUCUUGUGGUUGGCCUCUACGAAGUGAGGAUAUUCACCACAUCUGGACCGCUGCCGGGCAGCCCAUUCUCAGCUAAGGUGAUCGAUACGUCGGCUAUUGCAGCAGUGGGGGGUUGGGGCACGGACAAUGCAGGCCGAGUGCGUGCACCCACCAAACUGGUUCUUGACACCAGCAACGCUGGACCUGGAACCUUGGAGUGUCUACUAGCAGGCCGGCAUCAACGAGUGGAGACGGUGUCAGGCAGGGCGGUGGUGACGCUGUCAGCUCCGGAGGGUGUGAGCGGGGAGCAGGAACUGGAGCUGACGUACAACGGUGCGCUGGUGGCCGGGGCUCCGAGACGCGCGCUGAUGGCGGCCGGGAACACGGCCGACCGCGUGGUGCUGGCGGGGCGGGGGCUCGCACACGCAGCGCCGCACACACCCGCUGUCUUCACUAUAGACGGCAGUGCGGCAGGUCCGGGAGUUCCAGAGGCGUCGCUCAACUCGCCGGACGGAGAAUCAGUUCCGGUCGCGUUGGCGGCCGCCGGACCUGGUUUGUGGCGUGCUACCUACACGCCCAGACGAGCCGGUGACCACCAUCUACGUGUACUGUGGGCUGGACGUCUGGUCAAAGGAUGCCCGCUCACAGUGAAAGUAAGCGCGGGCUCGGAGAGUGGUGACGCGUCCAAAGUGGUGUGCUCCGGAGCAGGACUGUCUGCCGGCGUGGUGGGGCGCGACAUUCGCUCCUGGAUCGACACUCGCCGCGCUGGGCCCGGGGAGCUCACAGCGCACUGCACUGGACCUAAUAAGGUGGCGUACUGCGAGCUGUAUGAGCAUGGCGACGGCACGUUCACGUUGAACGUGAAGCCGGCAGAGGCCGGGCGUCACGUGCUCAGCGUGCAGUUCGCGGGACAACACGUGACCGGCUCGCCCUUCGUGCUCAAGGUGGCCGGGGCGCCCGACCCUUCUAAGGUUCGAGUGUACGGGCCCGGAAUAGAAGCAGGCGUGCUCGCGUCAUUCCAGUCUCGCUUCGUGUGCGACACUCGCGGUGCGGGCGCCGGACAACUCACCGUACGAGUGCGUGGACCUAAGGGAGCUUUCCGCGUUGAGAUGCAACGUGAGAGCCAGAAGGACAGGACAAUACUAUGCAAGUUUUCACCGACGGAACCCGGCGACUAUCGGGUGGAGGUGAGAUGGGCGGGCCGACACGUCCCUGGUUCUCCGUUCCCGGUCAUGAUCUUCGACACGCAAGAGGAACUGCGUCGCUACCUUCAAGCUACCGCCGCUUGAGAAGUUCUUCGAAUAAACUCACUGACCACGGGAAUUAGAUAAAAUCUUAUAUAACUUAUACGUCUACAUAGAGCCUAUUGCUGUCAUGUGUUACAUGGCAAGCUUUGACAAUUUGUUUAAGGUUGUGUGCGUUGCUGAAAAUAGUGGCUAACUGUUCACCGCUAUUUUUAGUGCCGUGUUCACAGCUGUCACAGAUAUAGACGUUUAAAUUAUCUAAGGAUAAAACAAGUAAAAAUCACGCCAACAACACCGGUACACAGAGUACAUAAGAGACUCUUUUCAUUUUUAACAUUUUCGUUAUAUUGCCUCUUUGGCGUGCAUUGUUUAUAUGAUUUUUUUUUUAUGUAACUAAAUUGAGAUUUUUUUAUAUGAUAUUAUCAAUGACGUUCCAUACAUAUAGACAAAUCACGUCGCUUAGAAACAACCGAAAUAUGGAACAUGCCACAAAAUAUACACUGUAUCUAUACAUUGCCGCAUUUACUCCAGUUGUUAUAUUCUUGGUCAAAAAGCAGCGAUAUAAAACAUUUAUUCUGUUCAGAUUUUAUUCGGACAGUGACAGUUGACACACGACUAAGGAGAAAAGUGUGCUUACAUUGUCUUUAAGCACACUUUUGCCGUUCCGCUAUCAGACUGCGAAUGAUAUGUCCUUAUUUGUGUAAAGAACGUCAUUGUAUAUUAUUAAUACAGUAAAUAAAAUAUGGUGAUGCGUGAAAGCUCUUUUGUUAGAGCUGUAGAAAUUAUGUUUUACUCAAAUAUAUUAUAGUGUAUGAUAUGCCAUAACAUUCCAAUUACUAAAAUAUGUAUUUUAGUAUGACAUGUAUAUCAUUUUUAGAAUUUAGCUAAACAGUUAAGUACUAGGUUUUCAUAAAUGUACAACACUCACUCGUACUGGCGGACACGACAUGAAAUGUUUCUGAAUGAUAGCAAACAUACAAGCACUGAUUAUUAGUCGAGGUAAUUCCAUGGGAAUAUCUUCUAUGAUAUGUGUAAAAAUAUAUAGAAUUACCUAUAUAUAUAUUUUUUUUUUAAACUUAAUCGCAAUGUACCACCUAUCUGUACUAAUAAUAAUAUGUCUCUCUCAAACACACGCGGUAUGAAGGUGGUUUUAAACUUCGAACUGGAUCAGGUCUUCAAAGAUAGUUAAAUAUGUUUAUCUACACCCAUGCAUUAAAUCCUCUAUUAAAGAUUCUGAAACAGUUAGCUUAUUGCCAACAUUAAAACACCCAAUGUUCUAAUAACCAUUACAUCAUCCAAACGAGUGUUGUAAUGUUGUACUGAAUUUAAUAACAACACUCCUAUUUUUUUUUUCUAUCCCUUCACGCACAAAGAGUUUUAGCAGACAGCCACAUUCUUAUUGCUCGAUGCGUGGUAUCUGUAUGAAUUUCAAAAAAAGAACAUUUUCGUUUACGAUCGUUCCACACUACCAGAACGUCGCGCGCCGUAAAAAAAAAGUAGGUUAUUCGAAUCCCCGCCAUUUUUCUUCGAUAUUUUUAUUGUUUUGUUUACAAAAAAUGAGCGAUUCAUUUUAAACGCUGCAAAAGAACAUAAUAUUCAAGUGAAUUUUAAUUAUUGCACAAUACAAAAUGUAAAUUACUACAAAAAAAAAUAUUUCUUAAUACUUAGUUAAUUUGUUUAUAAUCAGUGAUGGAUGAUAUUAGGUUACUACUAGGACUGGCUGUUUUAAUGUUAGCAGUAAGCUGUUUCAGAAUGUUUUAGAGGAUUCAAAUUCUGGGUGUAGAUUAAGUCUUGUGUGCUACUGUUGAUAAUUAGGUAUUAAAACACUCAUGUGUUACUAUUAUCACACUCGGCUUCGCCUCGUGAGAUAAAUCCACAUUCGUGUUUUAAUACCCCUUAUUACACAACAGUUGCAUAAAUAACUAUUAUCAUUUAUUCAUCUAUACAUUUACAUCCUAGUAAUUGUGGUCUUACGUAUUACGUAAAUAUGCCUGGCCUAUCUGCGCAAGUGUAACAAUGGCUAAAUACGUGCAGUGACAUACAAUUCCACAGUACAGUAAUAAAACAGUACGUUAACUUCAUAGUAGAGCACACGAAUCGGCGCACGCACUCAUACACACGAUUUACAUGGCCGCUAAGCAAUCUUGGGAAGACGAAACUAUUGAUUGCCACGCGGUACACCGCUGAGAGUAGUCGCUGUCCGAGUAAAUUAGCUACGCAUUUCAACGAGACCGCUGAGUUACGCUACUGUUAUAUUACUAGUAUUGUGACAAUACUAUUUGGUCGACCAAUCCUCAAAAAACAAUCAAGUUUUGUCGUUAUCAUUAACUUUAUUUUUAUGAAGCGAAUGCCAUGGAACUAUUUAAAAGAUUUCAUGUACGUGUAAUUAGACGUUAUUCCAGAAAAACUUUCCCAAACCACAAUAAUGUUGAAAUUGAGUUAAGAACACUAAUCUCGUCACGUGAUUCGUAUUAACGGACUGACGAAAAAUGGCAGCCCUAUUGUCACUCUUGACUUAGUAGCCCAACCCACAUGUAUGGAAUACACUAAUAUUUAUUAGUCUUUAAACACGGAUUCCUUAAAAUGUGACGUUUGUUGUAUGGAACGUUUUUCAGGAACUACGUCCAAUACCUACACUUAGAUAAUUUAUAAGUCUAGAUAGCCAGGUUUAGUUACUUAAGUGUGCGUGACAAGCUACGUCUUACACUCGUGACUUGUAUGCCACUUUGUGUUAGUGUGCGUGCAUUACUCAAAAUAGAGGUUAACUUUCACAGUUAACUCAAUUUUUCUCGACGUUUUCACAGCUGUCACUUUCUAUCUAGACGUAUAAAUUAUCUAAGUUUAUUCGUUUGAAAAUGAUCAUUACCGAACGACCUGUAAGUUUUUUAGUUUUGUGUUGUGGUUUGAGUGAUUGUUUUGAAUAAAUUACGAAAUGGCAGUAGAAAAAAGAAGUACUUUUACCACUUGUUGAAUAUUACACAAGUUUUAUUUUACUUAAAGAGUUCACACAGUAUGUCAGAAUUUUAAAAAAUCAUCUUUUUGAACUAUUUUGAAAUCGACGUAUGUUAUAAAUUAAUUUACGAAUCCAAAAGUACACACAUAGGGAAGCAUAAUAAAUUUAUUUGUUAAUAUUUAUUAAAACAACAUUUAGUAUGUAAUAACUUCGUCACUAACUAAUUGUUAUUGUAAUUUUUAUCGGCUUCAGAAAUAUAAGGCGUGGAAUACAUUUGCGUUCAUCUAAGUGUGUAUUGCGCCUUAUGUGUUCUGUAGUUUGUAAUGUAUCGUUGAUUACUAAUUGUUAAUAAAUUUUAAAUUUAU